AUGUGGCUUCUGUUGUUAGUGCUGCCCGUCGUGGUCGGCGCCUUGGAGUCCUCCUCGCUGCUGCUGGAGCUGGCGCAGUUGGCUGCCCGGAAUGAGACUGGAGCCUUGGAGUCGACGCAGUGCGUGGAGCAGCUUCGGCAGCUGCAUUCCGCCUGGCAGGCGAAUCAGAGCUGGGCUCUGAAAGCUCUGGAUGCGUCUGGCAGCGGCUUCAGCAAUUUCAUGCUGGGCAGUAGCCAAUGGCUGGGCAAUCGCCUCACCUGUCGAGCGCUCAAUGAGCCGCUGCUGCGGGACUUCACCAGGAAUCAUCAGCGGCUGCUGCGACAGCCUGCGCCCUUUGAGCACGCCUACAGCGUGGCUUACCUGAGAGCCAACUCCAGCUGGCAGCUGACCACGCGCAUGAAGCCGCGGCAGCUGCUGCACGUUGGACUCUGCGUCCCUCACAGCUGCGAUCCACAGCAGCUGCAGCAGCUGCUCGGCCAGAGCCUUGCGACAGAGAGACCGGCGGGCAGCUGGGAGCAGCGCAUGGGCCUGCAGCUGGAGCUGGUCUACGCUAAGCGUCCAGAGCUGAGCGCUGGCUUCUUCGCCCGUCCCGCAGUUCGCUCGCUGCUGCUGCUGCUGGCCGGGAGUCUUCUGCUGGCCUGCCUUGCCAGCAGUGGCUGCCUUCCAGCUAGCCGCAUCCUUGGCUGCUUCGAUGUGCUCGCCAACUGGCGGCGUCUCUGGCAGCUGGGCCGUCAGGAGAUCGCAGUCAUCAGUGGCUUGCGCGUCUGCAGCGCAUUUGCCUUGAUUGGCCUCCAUACCGUUUGGUAUCAGUUCUUUGCGGUGAAUCACUCGGCGGAUCUGGCAGACAAGUUGGUCAAGAUGAGCUCCCAGACUCCUUUGCCGCUCAUGAUGGAGGUAUUCUUUGCCAUCAGCGGCUUCCUCACCGUCUCCAACUUUCUGGGCAAUGUGCCACUGCAGCGCAGCAUCGCAAGCGAUACGCUACCCGGCGUUGUGCGUCGUUUUGUGCGGCAAGUGGCUCAACGUUACUUUCGACUGGCGCCGCUGCAGUGCAUCGUGAUCCUGCUGACCGUGGUGAGCUUCAAGUACAAUCGCGAGGCAUCCGUCUUCCAUUUCGUUGAGCCCGUGGAUGAGCUGUGCGAGCAGCAUUGGUGGCGCAAUCUCCUGCUCGUGCAGAAUCUGUAUCCGGUCAGCGAGAUGUGCUGCAAUUGGACCUGGUCGCUGGGCUGCGAUAUGCAAUUCUAUAUAGGGGCCAUGUUGCUGCUGUACACGCAUACCAGGCAUCCACAGCUGAUCCGACGUUUGGUUCGGGUUCUAUUCAGUGGAAAUAUUGUAUACACUGUCCUGCUGUUCGUCUGCCUGAAUGUGCCCAACACCUUGGAGGACGGAUAUAGCAUAGGCGAUUGGGUUUAUACGAAUCCCCUAGUCCGCGUAUCGUCCUACCUCAUAGGCGGCAUCUAUGGCUAUGCACACGCCUACAGCUUGGAAGCUCCCUUUGAGACAGUCUUUCCCACCAAGGCAGCCAAAUGUGCACUGGCAGGAUUCACUCUGUGGCUAUUUGGAAAGCUGCGGAACUUGGAGCUGGCCAGCCCAGCAGUCGUGGGCAGUAUUGUCAUAGUUAUGCGUUCCUUAUUAUCCACAGCCGCGGCACAUUUAAUCUUCUGCAGUUUUCGCAUCGAGGGCAGCUACAGAGUGACACGUUGGGUGGUGCGAUUCCUUGAAUCGAGUUGGUUCCAUCGCCUCAGUCGGAUUACCUAUGCCAUCUAUCUGCUCAAUCCAACGAUCAUACUCCACGUUUACUACUCAUUUAGCGAAGCCAUUCCAUCGGACUUUAGUAUUUUGCUUUGCCUUAUUGUGGCACUUUUGGUUAUUGUGUCGUUACUGGCUAUUCCAUUGACUCUGUUCUUCGAGCUGCCCUUUAAUAGUCUCACAAAUCUAUUUUUGGCCUCACAUUAUCAUAAGAAUAAAAUUAAUUAACACUAAACAUAU